AUGACGCUGGUUCCAGGCUCCCAGUUCACUUAUUUUGCGUACAACCCCAAUCUUGCCGCCAAUGGACUAUGCAUUGCCAUUCUGUCGAUAUGCCUGCUUGGCCAGCUCACUCAAGUUAUAUGGUACCGCACAUGGGAUUUCAUGGGACCGAUGCUUGGAGGUAUUCUGGAUAAUACCACUCUCAUCCUAGGCCCAGCAUUUUUGGCAGCUUCUAUCUAUCUCUGUAUGGGCCACCUUGUGCGAGUUUAUGGUGAAGAUCUUUCGGCUCUCAGGCCCCGGACGUACCUGUUGAUCUUUGUCGCUUGUGAUCUUGUCAAACUGAUCCUUCAGGGGCUUGGAGGAGGUAUCUGCUCCACUCAACAGCAACCUAACGGGAUUCAAGCCGGUAUCGACAUUGUCAUUGCUGGAUUGGCCACGCAGGCGGUUUCCCUAUUCAUCUUCAUUUGCUGUUGCAUGCAUUUCGCCAGCAACGUUCGCCGUCGGCCGCAGCAGGUACUUGAUCGGUUUCGUCAUGUCAGAGAGACCUGGUCUUUCCAUGCAUUCCUCUUUGGAGUCGGAAUGGCAACGGUUUGCAUAUUCACACGAUCAGUCCUUCGUAUUGCCGAAUUGCGACAAGGCUUCACUGGGCCACUUGCCAACAGCGAGAUCCAUUUCAUGGUAUGGAAUACCUGUCCCUUUCCACCAGCCUUCUCCAUCCUGGUCGUUGCUUUCGAGGGUGCUGGACAAUUAGAGAAAUCAAGAUGA